AUGGUUUCCUACACUCCCAUCCGCAUGGCGGAAUUCAAGAGCAACUAUGGUCCUAAGUACCACGCUCAGCCCAACCUCGCUGGCUACACCACUCAGUCUGCCUUCCGAAUUGCUUCCCGUCUGGCCAUGUACGGUGCCCCUGCCGCUGUUGGUGUCCUCCUCUUCGCCAACGGUAUCCCCCGUGUGCAGCGCGAUGUCCUUCAGAAGAUCCCCUUCCUCGGUGGCUUCUUCCGAAAGGAGAUCCACCCCGCCGACAACCCCUUCUAA